GUUAUACAAGAUGGGAUGGUGCAAUAUGACACCGAGAGCAAGUUCGGCUAGUCCAGGUUGCCGCCAACAGGCGUGACGCUUUAGGCCGCAGCAUUGAACACGAGAUAAUGCCUGCGCUCAAUGCUUCAUGGCACGACCAGAGCCACUUGUCUGCGGACUCGGAGCUGUUCCCGCCCUUGCCUUGGCUCGUUGCCCCCACGCUCGGCCGCGCUCCCCUGCUUCUUGGACUGUCGAGGGGGGCCUCGGCUGCUCCGGAGAUGGGUUGGGAGGCCGACGGGGUGGCCGUAGGGGCGGGGUGGGAGAAAUAUGGUGACCAAGGCGGCGCAGCCGGUGCUCCCUGUGUGCAGCACCUACAUCACAGACAGCGCCUUCCUUACCGUAGCUGGGUCCCAGGUGGACGUCGACGGCGCACCUACAGCGGACGGUGCCGCCCAGGCAUCCCGCCUCCCGCGUCAACAGGCGGCCUCAUGGCCUCGGCGCUGCACUGCCGUACAUGCCAGGCAAACGACACAACGCCGCGUCGCUGCCGGCGCCACACGGCGUGGUCAGCGACCGCCGGGCGCCGGCGGGGGGCACGCGGCCGUGCUGUACGGCUGACAGGGCUGACUGGCCUGCGCGACCCGCUGUUCCUUGUAGCCUGAAGGAUCACGAGGGGUGCUGUCGGUCGGCGCUGUCGUUGUGGGCUUCGGAGUACGCGUUGCGGUGGGAUCGGGCUGUCACUGGCUUUGUGCGCGUGCGAUGCGAUGCGGUGCGGACGUGCGGUGCUGACAAGAAAGAAGGUUAAAGGUCGGGUGCAGGGUGUGCGAGUCGAUGCUGGAUUGCUGGCUCAGGGCUUGUAUGACAUGAGUGGUCGCGGUGGACGUAACAGCCCUGCCCUGCCGGCGUGUCGGGCACCCAAUGACCCAAUGACUAGUGUACGGCAGCAAGAACGAUUAUUGAUGC